GCAGCACCAUCCUCCUCUCUCCGUUCAUUGGUGACACCUGAUGCCCAUCACGAGGAGCCAGCCGCGGGGCAUUCCCUAUCCGCGUGUUUCGUCGGAAGUGGUCGUCCCUUCCUUUUGCUCCAUUGGAUCGCGCCCCUGUCAGUCGGAAUCCCUCUCGACGAGCACGGUCCCCCUCUCCGGGUCUGUGUCUGCUCAGACUGCCGUCAUAUUGAUUGCUAGAAGCAGCAGCGAGCACGGUAGAAAAGAAGACCCCCAACAUGAUGAGGAACGGGCUUCCACUGCGCUUAAGAAUGAUUUAGUUUUUAAAAUAAUUUUGACUAGUAUUUUAAAUAAUAUAUUUUUAAAUAUUCGGGAUGAUACCGUCAAGUAUUCAUGUACCUUCAGUGGUUUCAUCCGACACCGUGGUCCGCAAGGGGGAUCUAUGCCUGAGUUCUCUUAAUAGCCAUUUUUUGCAGACAAAGAGAGCUGUUGAAUAGAGCUUUCAGGAGACAGACUGGUCCCGGGGGCUCCUAUUAAUAAGAAAGUGGGCACCAUGUGGAGCAACCUGAAGAGCAGAUGCCAGACACUCUUCCACAACAGUUCAGGACCCCAUGAAAGCAGGAUUGAAGCAGACACCGUCCACUGUGUGGUGGAUAUUGGUCAAGGAGGCAGCUCAGGUGGAGCACAGGCAUCCAGCCUGUCACGGAGCCUCCUACCAGUGCCAAUGGUAACAGCAGGGCGCCGUCAUCAUAAUUGUGUGUCAGACAUACCUCAGAUUGUAGAGAUAACUAUCGACAAGGAUGCUGAGGAUGUGCGGGGUGGGUCAGGGGGUGUUCCUCUGGCCCGUAGAGACUCCUAUUCCCGUCAUGCUCCAUGGGGGGGCAAGAAAAAACACUCAUGUUCCACCAAAACCCAAAGCUCUUUGGAGGCAGAUAGGCGGUCUGGCCGCUUACGGGGGAGUGGGAAUCGUAGGGACAGGCGCUAUGGAGUCAGCUCUAUCCAGGAGACAAAUGACUCUGUUUCAGGAGGACGCAGUCUAAAUGCCCGGUCUCUGCGCCAGCGGCUAAGUGAUACAGUUGGGUUGUGCUUGCCCCUACCUGCUCGCAGGUGCUCACGUUCCUCGAAGAACCCCGUCACCUCCAAACGUAAGAUUCACCUCACAGAGCUGAUGUUGGAGACCUGCCCCUUCCCACCAGGCUCAGACCUUGCUCACAAAUGGCACUUGAUCAAACAGCACACAGCACCAGUCAGCCCGCAUUCCUCUACUGCCCUCCUGGAUGCUUUUGACCCAGCCCACCCCUCUCCUGAGGAUGAGGAAGAACGUCUGCGUGAGCGCCGCAGGCUCAGCAUCGAGGAAGGUGUGGACCCGCCACCCAAUGCACAGAUCCACACCCUGGAGGCCUCAGUGCCAGGAUCCUCUCUCUACAAACUGGGACCAAAGAUGGCUCCUGGCAUGGGAGAGGCCUCUGGGGAAGGCCGGGUCACAGCGGCUGGGAGCUCUGUGGCUGCUGGAUCAUCAGGGGCCUGUGGGCAGGUGUUAGGGGCUGCAGCAGCAGCAGCCCAGGACUGUGACUCUGAGGAGGAUUCAACCACCCUAUGUCUGCAGGCCAGGAGGCCCAAGCAGAGGCAUGCUUCAGGGGAUGGUCACCUAAGCCGACAACAACCUGGUCCCUGGAAGGUUCACACUCAGAUAGACUACAUCCAUUGUCUGGUGCCAGAUCUGUUAGAGAUUACAGCUUUGCCCUGUUACUGGGGUGUAAUGGACCGCUACGAGGCCGAGGCGCUGUUGGACGGGCGGCCUGAGGGCACCUUCCUGCUGCGUGACUCAGCCCAGGAGGACUACCUAUUCUCCGUUAGCUUCCGCCGUUACAAUCGCUCCUUGCAUGCACGCAUCGAGCAGUGGAACCACAACUUCAGCUUUGAUGCUCACGACCCUUGCGUUUUCCACUCUUCCACUGUCACAGGACUGCUGGAGCACUACAAAGACCCCAGCGCCUGCAUGUUUUUUGAACCUCUGCUUACAGCGCCUCUUCAUCGGACUUUUCCCUUUGGCCUGCAGCACCUGGCACGGGCUGCCAUCUGCCGCUGGACCACUUAUGAUGGUAUAGGCUCUCUGCCAUUGCCUCCUGCCCUGCAGGACUUCCUCAAGGAGUAUCACUAUAAACAGAAAGUACGAGUUCGCUGGCUGGAGAGGGAACCGCCACUCAAAGUCAAAUAGGGCGGUGUCUCCAUUGCUUGUAGACAUGCUGCAGGAGAAUUACAUAACUUUAGAAAUUCCUCAUUAGCAAAUUGGAGGCUAUACUGAUAUGGCUUUCUUACUGGUGGGGGAUGGAGUUUAAGUGUAACAAGCUAUACAAGAUUCAUUCUAAACUUUGUUUUAGUUAUUACUUACAUCACAAAAAAUACAUAUUAUAUUCAGUAUAAUGCUGUCUGGCAAGCACAUGUUUUUGUGUUGAACAGGUUGUUUUGACAGGGAGGGAAGUGACAAAUAUCAGUGCUUUGAGUCUUUUAUUUUAUUUUUUAUUUUUUUCCUCUCCUGCUUCGUGCUAAAUGUCUGCCUGAUCCCACAACGUCACCCUGGCUGUAGACCUGCAUGUCUCCCCUGUUCAUCCCAAAUUGCUAUUUAGGCCUAUGUAGCUAUGUUGUACAGCUCACUUUGUGCUCUCUUAUUUUUCUUCCUUAGCUUGUCAAAGCAUCUAGUGAAGCACCUUCCAAAGAGAAGGUGUGUGUGUGUGUGUGUGUGUGUGUGUGUGUGUGUGUGUGUGUGUGUGUGUGUGUGUGUGUGUGUGUGUGUGUGUGUGUGUGUGUGUGUGUGUGUGUGUGUGUGUGUGGGUUGAGAGGGUAUUUGGAGGUGCUAUUGGUGUAUAUUGCAGUCAGAGCUUGUCCCAUGGAUAGAGCUACAUACGGCAUAUUCUUUGCCAUCUUGUUGCAUGCAUCAGUGAAGCCAGAGAUGAGGGAAAACAAGUGCUUUCUAAGGACUCCACAUUAGUUGUAACUGUGAGUGAUGAUUAAUAAAUCAGUUGACUAUUUUCUGUUUAGUAAGCAAACUUGUCAGCUUUAUUCCACCUGUGUGGCAUUGCUUUUCAAACGUGACGGACAGAUUGUGAGGAAAUUCUUGCCAUUGGUACAAUUGUGAAAGCAGCCUGUCAUUUCAUGCACCAUAGGCAGUUUGACAUUGUGCAUGCCAGUGUGAAAAUGUAUGCACACAGACACACACACUUCAGUUCUUCCUGUAUGAAACUGAGAUUAACAUUUUACUUUGUUUUAUAGGUGCCUCCUUAAGACAUUUGAAACAUUAGUGCAGCUAGGUCUAGUGUCCUUUUGGUUACAAUAAAGAGGCACAUAUGAGAGCGGUUGGGUGAAGAAUGUAUCUCUUUAAAUAAGUUGAUCUACAGUGUUGUGAGGCAGCAGUGUGGCUUGUUCAGGAUUGGAAUUCAUAUAGUCAAAGACGAUGAAUGAAGAGGGCAGCCAACCUCACGAUAUUUUUUUGAUACUUGAAAGACAACAAUCUUCUAAAAUUGGAAACUAGAACUCCCAGUGUUAGACUGCACUCCUGAUUUACUUUAUGAAAAACAUUGCCACAAAACAGUGUAGGCUUUAACUGGGAAUUGAUACUACUCUGUACUCUGUUUCCUCAUUUUCCCAGUUACAUUCAUUGUCAUAGUUACAGUAUUAAAUGACGACAAUCCUCAACUCUCGAGAGGUGGGCAUAUUCUGAUUUUAGUUGUCGCUUGGUGCAAACCCACUAUUGGCUGGCCUGCCAUUUUCAUUAUGUCUCAUUAAGUGUGACCUAUGUGCCUCGUAGAUAACCAGUAAUGUGUUCCUUUUUUGUCCAAACGAGUAGGAGGUGCCUCAGCACAGUCCACUCAGCUGCCAUCAAAUGAGACUGAAGAUGGUCAUAAUGAAGAGUUGAGGAACUCUAAGCUCAAUACUUACGGUGCAUAUUAAAGAUUUUAUAACCGAUAAUGUUUUAGUGGUGCUAUGUUGAUUAAGCUAUUGCAGAUUAUUGAAACAAGAUGUGUGAGGUGUGCAUUAGUCUUUCUAUUGUAAUACUAGGUUGUUGGUGGGUCCAGAUUCAGCUGCGCUGCUUAGGAUAUUUCAGUUUAGAUGUCCAUCACAUGUACUUUCUAGUCUUCAGCUUGUCAAACAGCUGUAAUGAGAGACUGGAAGCUUUACGAUUUACUGAGAGCAUGAAUGAGCUAACUUAGCCAUCAGUAUUAAAAGCAGGUCGUCAUCACCAGAAUUUUUUCAGUGUCGAGUAGCUGUUAACAUGUGUUAACUGGCUUUUAAGUAAAUUACUUUAGUUGAACUUUUAAUAAAAUUUGUAAAUGACUGAAGAAGGAUGAAACUGGUGGAAACUUGAGUAGUUUAAUUACAGAUGUAACCCCUGGCUAAUGUUUCAAACUAAAAAUUUUAAUUUGAAAUACAAAUGAGAUUAUGAUCUCUGAGGAGGCUACUCUGUCGAGUUCUCAAACUCGUGUUUUCGUGUCCUGGCGUCCGCCCGCUCAUCUGUUAGAGGAUGUUUUAGUUCCCUCCAGUAAGGAUGAAUCAUGAACAAAUAUCAUUUUUGUCCGUGAAUAUCUGCAUCUGUGACCAAAGUUCUUGCACACACCUACGUGUAUUAACUAGUACUUUAAAGCUUAUAUUGUUGUAUCCAGUAGCUAGACUUAAGCUAGAUUAGAUUUUGUUUUACAAACAAUUAAUGGCUAGUUCUGUAGUACGUUAGACGUAGAUCUACAUCCUUAAUUCAGUAUGAAGUUCCUUUCCUCUGUUAAUCUGUUGUCCAAUUCCCAUGCAUUUAUCAGGAGAUAUUUUUAUGCAGGUGGUAAAAGAUAAAUGGUUAUUAAAGGAUUUUACCAACCAGUAUUAGUUUUCUCAGCCAUGUUGUGAACUGAUCAGUUUACUUAUGUCCUCACAUAAACGUCUGGUACAUUUCCCACAGCCUUGCACUUCCUUCUGCAUGUACCUGUGCUAGCUAAAGUGGCCGGCGUGACUGUUAGGAGGAAUGGAAUAAGGCUGACAUUAAGUUUUCUUGCAUGUGCACUUCUGUGUUUUAGGAUUUUUAGCUUUCACGCUGAAAUUAUA